AUGACUCUCCCAUCUACUCAAACCGGAUAUGGUUUCCAACGUGGUAACAGAAAGCUUGUUAAGUAUGAAUCAAUUCCAGUGAAACAGCCCGGAGAUAACCAGGUUUUAUUAAAAGUUGAAGCUGCUGGAAUGUGUUCAAGUGAUAAUCAUAUAUUGAUCGCUCAAGAACAAGGAACUGCUGAUGAAUUCAUCAUGGGACAUGAAAUUGCUGGACAAUUAGUUAAUGUUGGAUCUAAAAUCGAUACUAAAACGUAUCCAAUUGGAGGCAGAUUUGCAAUUUUCAUUAGCAGAGCAUGCGGAAUUUGUAAGAAUUGUCGUAAGGGGAAAGAUAAUCAAUGUGUUGGACCGGGGAGUUCCCAGGGGUUUGGGAUUACAACUGAUGGGGGGUAUCAGGAAUAUUUAUUGGUGGAUAAUUUGAGAUGUUUGGUUCCAAUUCCUGAUAAUGUAAGUUAUGAGAUUGCAGCAGUGGCUACCGAUUCAGUAUUGACUCCAUUCCACGCAAUUUCCAAAGUUAGACAUUUAUUGGGACCAACCUCAAAAGUGUUGGUUGUUGGCUUGGGUGGUUUGGGAUUGAAUGCUGUGCAAAUCUUAAAAUCAUUUGGUUGUUACGUUGUUGGUACCGACAUCAAACAAGAGGUUGCGAAAGUUGCUAUUGAGUCUGGAGCUAACGAAUUCCAUACCGAUUUACAUAAAUCAAAUAUUGAGGAAAGCUCUUUUGAUGUUAGUUUUGAUUUUUGUGGAUAUGAUGCUUCUCACAAAGUUUGCUCCGACUUUACCGCUAAAGGUGGUAAGAUUAUGAUGGUUGGCUUAGGUAAAGCCAGAGUCAAGGUCCAACAUUACCAUUUAGCAAGACGUGAAAUUGAUUUAAUUUAUUCUUUUGGAGGUUAUUCUCAAGAAUUGAGUGAGGUUUUCCAGUGGAUCUCCUUGGGCAAAAUCAAACCAAUUGCCACUCUUGCAGAUAUGUCGAAGUUACCCGAGUACUUGGACAAGUUGGGCAAAGGACAAGUUAGCGGACGGAUGGUUUUUAAACCAAAGUUAUAA